AUGAACUAUUCUCGCCCCGUCGUCGCCCCUGUGCAGGAAAUCGACUGGGACCAGUCCGAGUCCCGCAAGCGCGACGUGCUCCUGCGGAACGCGAACGCACGCGGGCCCCCGUCGCCCAGCCCCACCCAGAGCUCGUCCUCGCAACGCGCGCCCAAGAGCCCGCGUCUGCACGGCUCGAGCCCGCUCUCGUCCCCCGCGCUCCCCACACACCCUGGCUCGCGCCCGGUGUCACCCGCGUCGAGCGUCGGCAGCUUCCCCCCAAACUCCCCCAUCUCGCCGCUCACGCCCCCCGCGGCGCUGGCACUCGCGGGCACGCAGCGCGUCGUCUCGGCCUCGAGCGUGUACUCAGACUACUCCUAUUACGAGCUCCCCGCGACGCCCACAGGUGGCUCCUAUCCCGUGUCCGCGCCCUCGCCGCGAACCUCGCACGCGAACGCGAAGCCACAGAGCGACGCGCUCGCCAACCCACAGACGCCGCAGGACUUUCUCCAGCUCGGGAUCAAAGCACACCUCGAGAACCGGCUCGAGGCGUCUGCGCAGGCAUUUGAACGUAGUGCGACGCUCGACGGUGGGUGCGGCGUCGGCAUGCUCAUGUGGGGGCUCGCACAGCGGCACGGGUGGGGGUGCGUCCAGGACGAGGCGCGCGGGUUCGCGUGGCUGAGGCGUGCGGCGGAGCUCGCGGUGGGCGACCUGGAAAAGGAAGGGAAGGAGGGGGAUAUGGGCGCGGUCCGGUCGGAGCUGGUGCUUGCGAUCUACGAGGUCGGGCAGAGCUUCUUCCGCGGCUGGGGUGUGCAGAAGGACAAGGAGAUGGCCGUGCAAUAUUACCGGGUCGCAGCACGGCUCGGGGAUCCGGAUGCGCAGCAGGAGCUCGGGUUCUGCUUGUUGAAUGGGAAGGGGUGCAAGAAGGACAAGAAGGAGUCCGCGAAAUGGUAUCGUGCGGCGGUCAAGCAAGGGGUCAGCGAUAUUGGCCUGACCUGGAUCUAUAAGGAGAAAUACCAAUGA